UAUGUAACUCUUUGGUUUAAAACCAGUGAUAUCUACUUAUUCUACCAUAUGUCAGUCCUUACAAACACUUUUAAUAGACAUCAGACAUUUUUAUUUACCAAUCAAAAUACAAAAAUACCCGCUUAACUUAAAAUCGGACGUGUUUGAAAUGAAUGUUACAGCAAGGAACUACUACAGAGAUUCUAAUGAUCCACGAAAAAACUAUCCAACUGCAGCUAAAGAGGCCCAUCUAAGACUUUUGGCAGAGUUAAGUAAUGUGAUCGACCCGUCCGUUAACAAAGUGCGAUAUGAUGCAAUAAUCCGACGACUGGUUCCGUACAUGGUAUCAAUGUUGUCUAAGAAAGCUCAGAACUUCAUAGAUAUUUUUGAAUCUUUAGAAAAGCUCCAUUUUGUUGAGGUCGGAAAGUAUGGCGCCUUGAAGAAAAUACUAAGGGAAUUUGAUCAGCAGUAUGUACAGAUCAUAGAAAAUGCUGAAGACGAAAUCAAAAUUAUUAUGAAAACACACAAACAGCCAAAGCCAGUUCAGAACAGCAAACUACACCAUUCUGAAGAUAGCUUUGUGUCUACACUAUCAGAGGGAGAAAGUCACAUGUGGGUCGGUAAAAUUCCUCGCCAAAUCGAACACAAGAUACUUACUGAAGAAGACCUAGAGAAUUUCAGUGAGGCCAUUAUCCCAACAAAGUUAGAAGUUGUUAGAACUGCAUUUUGGCUGAGUUCAACAGAAUUGGACCAGAUGAUCAAACAAGCUCGUGGUAGUUUGACAAUUGCUCGUUUUCUCAUUCUGUUGAAAUGGCAGGAGAAAAAUGGAGGCACUGCUUUUGUAAAUGAUAUUAUCAAUAGAUUCUCGGAAUCAUUGGAAAUGGAUGCUUACUCUAUAAACUUUGUAAAAGCUAGAAGCGCCCUUGAAAAGAUGACACUUGAAAUGAACAACAAAAAGUAGCAUGGGCUUACAACCAGAUUUCAAAUGUUUAACCCUCUUUCCCUCUCCCAAACCAAAAAUAAACUGAAUUACAGUCUAUUACCUAAGAAACAAUAUACAAACUCCAUAAACCUCCUGAUUUUGCAGAAUUUAUAUUCUAAAGGACAAAAAAAAACUUUUCAAUAACACACAUCAAAAUUUCUAUAUAAAAUAGUUACUUUUAUUGUACUAAUUUUCAAUAGCAAUUUUUUUUCUACUUUCCAAAUGUAUUAAAAAGGACGAUUUUCAAGAAAUUGAUAAUCAAACAAAUGAUUUAAACCCUACUCAAUCCCCCACAAAAGAUCAAUUGUUGGUGCCUUAAGAGAUGUGUUUGUCUGUGCAGGAUGAAUAAAUUUGCAGCAACGUUAAGUCAAAAAGGGACCAUUAUCUGGCUCACUUAACAUUAAAGAACACUUGCAACAAUUCUUUAAAGGGGAUCUGUGGGUAACCUGUUCAAAAGAAUCCUUUGCCCAUAUCCAAAUUCCUGCCCAUCAACCUGAUUGACCCACUGUGCAGAGUCUAUCUAUUUGUCCUCGUCAUGAAUAUGCAUGUAAUAUUUGCCACUGGAUAUUCAGCAAGCAAUAAUCAAUCAAACUACAAAAUACCCAUAUUACUUAUAGUUUGUGGCAUGAUAUAAUAGUUUUAUUAUGUAAUUUGAGUCUUGUCAAAUAAAAUUAUUUGAAACUG